GCUGGUGGAUGACAGAUGUGUGGUUCAGCCCGAAGCAGGUGAUCUUUGCAAUCCACCCAAAAAAUUCCGAGAUUGCCUUUUCAAAGUGUGUCCCAUGAACCGCUAUUCUGCGCAGAAACAGUACUGGAAAGCGAAACAAGCGAAACAAGGCAACCACACCGAAGCGGCCUUGUUGAAGAAGCUACAACAUGCAGCUGAACUGGAACAGAAGCAGAACGAAUGUGAGAACCGGAAGUUGCUGGGGGAAAUUGUAAAAUACAGCAAUGUGAUCCAGCUCCUUCAUAUCAAGAGCAACAAGUACCUUACCGUCAAUAAGAGGUUGCCAGCCUUGCUGGAAAAGAAUGCCAUGCGGGUUUCUUUGGAUACGGCCGGGAAUGAAGGCUCCUGGUUCUACAUCCAGCCCUUUUGGAAACUACGGAGCGAAGGGGACAAUAUUGUUGUCGGAGACAAAGUUGUCCUGAUGCCAGUUAAUGCUGGACAACCGCUACACGCCAGCAACAUAGAGCUCUUAGAUAAUCCAGGAUGCAAGGAGGUCAAUGCAGUCAAUUGUAACACCAGUUGGAAAAUCACCUUGUUCAUGAAAUUUAGUUGCUACAGAGAAGAUGUGCUUAAAGGGGGAGAUGUUGUCAGGCUGUUCCAUGCCGAACAGGAGAAGUUUCUGACCUGCGACGAAUACCAGCAGAAGCAACACAUUUUCCUUCGCACAACUUUGCGGCAAUCAGCCACUUCAGCAACCAGUUCUAAAGCCUUGUGGGAAAUAGAGGUGGUGCAUCACGAUCCUUGUCGCGGUGGGGCAGGACAGUGGAACAGCCUAUUCAGAUUUAAGCACCUGGCAACUGGCAACUAUUUGGCUGCUGAACUUAAUCCUCACUACCCAGAUGGCUGCAAUGGGGAAAAGGUCCUGAAAGAGAACGAGCUUCUAACCUCAAAGAAGAAACGGCAAGCGGGAGAGAAGAUUAUGUACACUCUGGUGUCUGUCCCUCAUGGAAAUGACAUUGCCUCUCUAUUUGAACUGGAUGCGACCACUUUGCAAAGGGCGGACUGCCUGGUUCCAAGGAAUUCAUAUGUACGGCUGAGGCAUCUUUGCACCAACACUUGGGUGACCAGCACUAGUAUCCCGAUUGACAAAGAUGAAGAAAGGCCUGUAAUGUUAAAGAUUGGAACCUGCCAGACAAAAGAAGACAAAGAAGCCUUUGCCAUCGUGUCUGUUCCUCUGUCGGAGGUCAGAGACUUGGACUUUGCAAAUGAUGCCAACAAGGUUUUAGCAUCGAUGGUCAAAAAUUUGGAGAACGGCUCGGUAACUCAAAAUGAAAGGAGGUUUGUCACGAAGCUCUUGGAAGAUCUCAUUUUCUUUGUGGCGGAUGUGCAGAACAACGGCCAAGAGGUUUUGGACGUGGUGGUGAUUAAACCCAAUCGAGAGAGGCAGAAAUUAAUGAGGGAACAAAAUAUAUUGGAACAGGAAUACAUUGCUACCAAUUUCUGCAUCAUGCAGUCUCAAAUUGGCUAUGAUAUCUUGGCAGAAGACACGAUCACAGCUUUGUUGCACAACAACAGGAAGCUGCUGGAGAAACAUAUCACAGCUAAAGAAAUCGAGACAUUUGUGAGUUUACUCAGGAGGAACCGAGAGCCAAGGUUCUUGGAUUAUCUCUCCGACCUGUGUGUUUCCAACACAGCCGCCAUCCCCGUCACUCAGGAGCUCAUUUGUAAAUACAUGCUGAGUCCAGGAAAUGCGGACAUCCUCAUUCAGACCAAAUUGGUGUCCAUGCAAAUGGACAACCCCUUGAAUUGCUCCUCCCUUUCGGACGAUAUGGAAGAAGAAGAGGUGUGGCUAUACUGGAUUGACAGCAACAAGGAGCCCCAUGGGAAAGCCAUCCGACACCUGGCUCAGGAAGCGAAGGAGGGCACCAAAACUGAUUUAGAGGUCCUUACUUAUUACAGGUAUCAAUUGAACCUCUUUGCAAGGAUGUGUUUGGAUCGCCAAUAUUUGGCUAUAAAUCAGAUUUCCACCCAGCUGUCCGUGGAUUUGAUCUUACGGUGCAUGUCGGACGAAAGCCUGCCUUAUGAGCUGCGAGCAUCAUUUUGUCGUUUAAUGUUACACAUGCACGUCGACAGAGAUCCUCAAGAGACGGGGGUGCCUGUGAAGUACGCCAGGCUGUGGACUGAGAUCCCUACCAAGAUUACUAUCCAUGAGUAUGACUCCUUCACCGAUUCAUCCCGAAAUGACAUGAAGAGGAAAUUUGCUUUUACGAUGGAAUUUGUAGAAGAUUACUUAAAAGAAGUUGUUAACCAGCCUUUCCCUUUUGGAGACAAGGAGAAGAACAAGCUGACAUUUGAGGUGGUGCACCUGGCCCGCAAUCUCAUAUACUUUGGUUUUUAUAGUUUCAGUGAACUCCUCAGACUGACCAGAACGCUACUGGCUAUCCUCGAUAUUGUACAAGCGCCCAUGUCAUCCUACUUUGAAAGAUUAAGCAAAUUUCAAGAUGGAGGAAACAACGUGAUGCGAACCAUUCAUGGGGUGGGAGAGAUGAUGACUCAAAUGGUCCUCAGCCGGGGGUCUAUCUUUCCUGCCUCGUCACCCGAUAUUCCCCCAAGCGCCCACCGAAGCAAACAAGCCAACCUUGUGGACAGCGAAGACGUCACUGUGAUGGACACCAAGUUAAAAAUUAUCGAGAUUUUACAGUUUAUUCUUAGCGUUCGCCUUGACUAUCGAAUAUCCUACCUGCUGUCUAUUUACAAGAAGGAAUUUGGGGAGAACAAUGAAAACGUUGACAAUUCCACAACGCCGCCGCCCGACUCACCAACUAUCACCUCAGCAGCUGUUCCUGAUAUAGAUGAAAUCGCUGCAGAAGCAGAAACCAUGUUUGCUGGCAGGAAGGAAAAGAACGCCGUGCAACUGGACGACGAAGGGGGCAGGACGUUUCUGCGAGUCCUGAUUCAUCUUAUAAUGCACGAUUACCCUCCUUUGCUCUCAGGAGCCCUGCAACUCUUGUUUAAGCACUUCAGUCAGAGAGCAGAAGUGCUCCAAGCAUUUAAGCAGGUCCAAUUGCUGGUGUCUAACCAAGACGUGGACAGUUACAAGCAAAUUAAAGCUGACCUUGACCAGCUAAGGCUGACUGUGGAAAAAUCAGAACUUUGGGUCCAAAAAAGCAGUAAUUAUGAAAAUGGUGUAUUGGGUGAAAAUCAAACAAAAGGAAGCGAUGAACCUAUAGAAGAUUCAAGCAUGUUAAGUCCAGUCCAGGAUGGGAGUAAGAAACCUCAGAUCGAUACCAAUAAGAGUAACAACUAUAAUAUAGUUAUGGAGAUUUUGAUCCGAUUACGGGGGCUCUGCAUUCAAAAUAAAAAAUGUCGAAAUCAGCAACAGCGCUUGCUUAAAAAUAUGGGCGCCCACAGCGUUGUGUUGGAUCUUCUUCAAAUCCCCUACGAGAAGACUGACCAAAAGAUGAAUGAAAUUAUGACCUUAGCUCACCUCUUUCUUCAGAACUUCUGUCGUGGCAACCCUCAGAAUCAAAUCCUUCUUCAUAAACACCUCAACCUAUUCUUAACCCCUGGGCUUCUGGAGGCUGAAACCAUGAGGCACAUAUUCACCAACAAUUACCAUCUGUGCAAUGAGAUUAGCGAGCGGGCGGUGCAGCAUUUUGUCCACUGCAUAGAAACGCACGGCCGCCAUGUUGAAUAUCUGCGUUUUUUGCACACCAUUGUCAAGGCCGAUGGGAAAUACGUCAAGAAGUGCCAGGAUAUGGUUAUGACAGAGCUGGUCAACGGAGGUGAAGAUGUCUUGGUAUUCUACAAUGACAGAGCGUCUUUCCCAGCCCUCCUUCAAAUGAUGUGCUCGGAGCGAGACCGCGUAGACGAGAGUGGACCUCUGGUUUACCACAUCACCCUGGUGGAGCUGCUGGCAGCCUGCACAGAAGGCAAAAACGUCUACACCGAGAUCAAAUGCAAUUCUCUCCUUCCCUUGGAUGACAUCGUGCGAGUGGUGACGCACGAUGACUGCAUACCUGAGAUCAAGAUUGCAUAUGUCAACUUUGUCAAUCACUGCUACGUGGACACUGAAGUGGAAAUGAAGGAAAUCUACACCAGCAACCACAUCUGGAAGCUGUUUGAGAAUUUUCUGGUUGACAUGGCAAGGGUUUGUAACACCAGUACAGACAGAAAACAUGCCGAUUUAUCUCUGGAAAAAUAUGUCACCGAGCCAGUAAUGAGUAUAGUCAGCGGCUUUUUCAGUUCUCCGUUUUCAGACAACAGCACAAGCCUCCAGACACACCAGCCUGUUUUCAUCCAGCUGCUGCAAUCUGCCUUCAGAAUUUACAACUGUACUUGGCCAAACCCAGCUCAGAAGUCUUCAGUGGAAUCUUGCAUCAAAACAUUAGCUGAAGUCGCCAAGAACCGUGGCAUUGCGAUCCCAGUGGACCUGGAUAGCCAAGUGAAUACGCUGUUCAUGAAGAGUCACACCAACAUGAUCCAAAGAGCAGCCAUGGGUUGGCGGAUGUCUGCUCGUAGCGGCCCCCGCUUUAAAGAACCCCUUGGAGGACCUUCGUGGGAUUACAGGAACAUCAUUGAGAAGUUACAGGACGUGGUGGCCUCCUUGGAAGAGCAGUUCAAUCCCAUGAUGCAAGCUGAAUUUUCUGUGCUGGUUGACGUCUUACGGAGUCCUGAGCUUCUCUUUCCCGAAGGAAGCGAUGCUAGAAUUAGAUGUGGAGCCUUCAUGUCCAAGUUGAUAAAUCAUACCAAACGGCUAAUGGAGAAGGAAGAAAAACUCUGCAUCAAAAUCCUCCAGACUUUGCGGGAAAUGCUUGACCAGAAAGAUAGCUUCGUUGAAGAGGGCAGCAACCUGCGAAAAAUACUUCUCAAUUGUUAUUUUAAAGGAGACUAUGGAGGGAGCAUCAACGGUCCUCUGUCUGGCAACUACGGCAAACCCCUGCAAAGUGGAGGGACCUUUUCGGGACAAGAUGUGGACAAGGCUGGAGCCUCCAUGCAUGACAUCCAAUGUCUUUUGGAUAAAGAAGGAGCUUCAGAACUGGUCACCGAUGUCAUUGUUAGUACCAAAAACGACCGGAUAUUCUCUGAGGCCAUCUUGCUUGGCAUUGCGUUGCUCGAAGGAGGAAACACCCAAAUUCAGUAUUCUUUUUAUCAACAAUUAAACGAACGGAAAAAAUCCGAAAAGUUUUUUAAAGUUUUGUACGAUCGGAUGAAAACAGCCCAGCAGGAAAUUCGGUCCACGGUGACGGUAAACACAAUUGAUUUGAGCAGCAAAAAGAAGGACGAGGAAACAGACGUGACCUUGUCAGCUCCCAAGAAGAGAGUGAGGGAUUCCAACCUGCAUCUGAAGGAAGGAAUGAAAGGACAAUUGGCGGAAGCUUCCACUGCAACAUCCAAAGCUUACUGCGUGUAUCGCAGAGAAAUGGACCCGGAAACCGACCUCAUGGGUCCAGGGUCAGAUGCGGGAUGCGCGGACGAAAAAUCUUCCGAAGAAAUGACCAUGAGUCCCGCCAUUGUGAUCAUGCAACCCAUCCUGAGGUUUCUCCAAUUACUGUGUGAGAAUCACAAUCGAGAACUUCAGAACUUUUUAAGAAACCAGAACAACAAGACCAACUACAACCUCGUAUGUGAGACCCUUCAGUUUUUGGAUUGUAUUUGCGGAAGUACCACAGGCGGGCUAGGACUUCUGGGCCUAUACAUCAAAGAAAAAAACGUAGCUUUGGUGAAUCAAACCCUUGAAAGCUUGACGGAGUACUGUCAAGGCCCCUGCCAUGAAAAUCAGACCUGCAUAGCCACCCAUGAGUCCAACGGCAUUGACAUAAUCAUUGCCCUUAUCCUAAAUGAUAUCAAUCCUCUUGGGAAAUAUCGGAUGGACCUGGUGCUACAGUUGAAGAAUAAUGCCUCUAAGCUUUUGCUGGCGAUCAUGGAAAGCAGGCACGACAGCGAAAAUGCAGAAAGAGUCCUUUUCAACAUGAGACCAAAAGAGCUGGUGGACGUGAUGAAGAACGCAUACAACCAGGGGGUGGAGAGCGAUCAGGAAGAGGAGAACGGCGAAGAGAGUAUUUCACCAAAAGAUGUUGGGCAUAAUAUCUAUAUAUUAGCUCACCAGUUGUCCCGUCACAAUAAAGCAUUGCAACACAUGCUGAAGCCUGGGGCAGAUCCAGAAGAAGGAGAUGAAGCUUUGAAGUAUUACGCCAACCACACCGCUCAAAUUGAGAUUGUCCGCCACGACAGAACCAUGGAACAAAUAGUAUUUCCCGUGCCGAACAUUUGUGAAUUCCUCACUCACGAAUCAAAAUGCCGGGUGUUCAAUACCACCGAAAGAGACGAGCAAGGAAGCAAAGUAAACGACUUUUUCCAGCAGACCGAGGAUCUGUAUAAUGAAAUGAAGUGGCAGAGAAAAAUUAGGAAUAAUCCAGCAUUAUUUUGGUUCUCUCGGCAAAUUUCUCUCUGGGGAAGCAUAUCGUUCAACCUGGCCGUUUUCAUCAAUCUAGCCGUCGCCCUCUUCUAUCCGUUUGGAGAUGAUGGCGAUGAAGGCAUCCUCUCUCCGUUAUUUUCCAUCGUCCUCUGGAUAGCUGUCGCCAUCUGCACGUCUCUCCUUUUCGUUUUCCCCAAACCUGUUGGAAUCCGCCCGUUUUUGGUCUCGGUUAUGCUCAGGUCAAUAUAUACCAUUGGUUUGGGGCCCACGCUGAUUCUCCUGGGUGCCGCUAACCUUUGCAACAAGAUUGUAUUUUUGGUGAGCUUCGUUGGGAACCGUGGGACGUUCACCCGUGGAUACCGAGCCGUCAUCAUGGACAUGGCUUUUCUCUACCACGUGGCCUAUGUUUUGGUCUGCAUGCUGGGCCUCUGUGUGCAUGAAUUUUUUUACAGCUUCUUGUUAUUUGACUUGGUAUACCGAGAGGAGACUUUGCUGAAUGUCAUCAAAAGUGUCACGCGGAAUGGGCGCUCCAUUAUCCUGACAGCUGUCCUCGCUCUCAUCCUGGUCUAUCUCUUCUCCAUUGUUGGGUUCUUGUUUCUGAAGGAUGACUUCAUCAUGGACGUGGAAAGACUGAAAAAUAAAACCUCCAUUACAGACAGCAGCACCAUCUCUACCACAAGCUUAACAACAAUGGUGGAAACCUGCUCAAUAGAGAACUGCAGUGCUGCAGUACCAACCAUCAAAUCAGGUGAAGACAGCGAUGAGGAUGGGAUUGAGAGGACUUGUGACACUUUGCUGAUGUGUAUCGUGACCGUGUUGAACCAAGGACUGAGAAAUGGUGGAGGAGUGGGGGACGUUCUUCGGAAGCCAUCCAAAGAGGAGCCGCUGUUUGCUGCUCGGGUGGUUUAUGACCUCCUGUUUUAUUUCAUCGUCAUCAUUAUCGUUCUGAACCUGAUCUUUGGAGUCAUCAUCGAUACGUUUGCAGACCUCAGAAGCGAAAAGCAGAAGAAAGAAGAGGUUUUGAAGACGACCUGUUUCGUCUGCG